CACAUCUUCACCUAGGCAAGUCUUCCCCAAAGAAAUAAUUUGGCAUUUGGACAAAAUGUUUUGACGUCGGCCUGGCCUAACGACAACUUGCAUUCUCUCCUACAACCGUUUACCCUUCACAGGUGGACGCUUUCCACCUCUCUUCACCUCAUACAUACCCAUCUGGGUACUAUUCACAUUUAGAUACCUACUCGGCCUCAAAUGAUAUGGCAUUACGGUAUACAGUAGACGCGCUGAUAUACCUGCGCGAGUCGCCUUUGUGCGUCAAGCCAGUUGCGCUUCCUCCUGCAGAAGAAUGGAUGGGCCCGCCGCCCGAAGCCUUUCGUAAUAACCAAGGUAACAAACCUGGAACUGAGAGAAGAAGCAACGACAACUCCUUAUUAGACCCAUCUAAUAGGCGAGUGGGCAUUGACAGACACACGUCGCGAAACGCUGGAGUUUCUGAGGAUAUUAUCCUUGGUCCCCCACGAACUACCUUCUCAUCAGCUACCCUCACAAGGGCCAAUAAGCCUUUUGACAAUGAUAAGACCGUGAAAGAUACCGAUACUCGAGACCGAUUCACCUUCCGCUCACGGAACGGUGAUUCUGAUAAUUCUGAGCGCUUCCGCGAUCGCGAUCGUGAUAACCGGAAUGGAUUCCGCCGACGCGGUGACGCAGACCAAGACAAUGAGGGGUGGAGCACUGUCAAGCCCCGUAAAAGUUUUGGACAUGAAGGUGCCGAACGAUUCCAUGGUCGCAUGGGCGACCGUCCUGACCGUUUUGGAACAGAUCGCCGACCACGCGACCAAGACGAUCAUGAGAAUGGGGAUCGACCCCGUCGCAAUUUUGGAGAGUUUUCCAAGGAUAAAGAAGGAGAAGAUAGUGACAAGCCUCGCAGAAAUGCUUUGAAUAGAAACAGAACCGACCAACCUUGGCUACGAGAGAACGAUACUUCCGCGCCUCGUGAGCGUUUUGACAGAUCCAAGAGCUGGAGAGACAGGGCUGGGAACGAACCUUCAAGUGAGGGGCAACAGGAUAGGCCGAGAGAACGAACAUUUGAACGAAGAUGGGAUCGAGACCGGGAUCAGCGUCAAGAACGGGAACCGGAAUGGCUUGAUGAACCCGUCGAGGAGCAGUCCCAAGCGCACACUCAAGAGGACUUCAAGAAGUUUAUGGAGAGUAUGAAGGCUGGCAAGAACCCAGCCAAGGCUGAGCCGGCCCCCACAACGGCUACGGAGGCACCAGCAGCAAGUGAGAAGGUCGAAGUCGAGAAGACAAAGGUCAAGUCAGCGCCUGCCAUAGAGACUGGACCUGAUAAAUUUUUCGCUGCAUUUGCACAAAGUUCAAGCAUCGAAACACCAGCUAUUACUGGCGAUACUACUAAGGAGAAUUCUAUUCCUGUCAUGAAGCCAAAGACAGGAUCUCGAUUCCAGAAACUUUUUUCAUCUCACGAGGAAUCUCGACGUCAGGUUGAUCCUCCAACUCCUGCUGCUAGUGCUCCACCGGCCAGCGAGGCGAACCCCCUAUUUAAUCUAGGUGGCUCGCAACCACAGAACGACAAAGCAGACAAGAUUGCCUUCCAGGCAUUAUUGCAGAAAUUGCAUAAACAAACUCUCCAGGCUACUACACCGCCUUCAGGCGGGUUUUCGGAGCCUCCCAGCCAUGUGAUAUCUUCCCCCGGCCCUUACCAGCCCUAUGUGCAGGAACGCCGCGAGGAGCCGCUUGCUCGCGGGCCUCCUCCUCCAGGACAAGAUGUCCACACCCCUAGGCCACAAGUGCAUCCGCAAUUCGCUGCCGGAAUGCGCUCAGAACAACAAGUUUUGCACGACCUGAUUGGCCAGCGGCAGAGCGCAGGGCGUUCUGACCAACCACCUAGCCGUAAUAGCAACAGUAAUGCUGAGUUCCUCAUGACUCUAAUGCAGAGCGCUAGAGCAGCGCCAGAAAGCCAGAGAAGUGAGCAGCUUGCUAUGAGAAUGCCGCAGCCCUCCAGACCAGCACAAAUUCUUCCUACGCCGGAUAGAGAGAUGGAUUAUCAGCAUGAUCGUGGCUCUGCCCAACAUCACGUUGGCCGUCCCACCGCCUUGCCCAGCUUUUUUGAUGAGGCUCCAAUUCAUCACAGAGAACCGGACAAUCGUCCGCAGCAGCCCACCCAGAUCCUCCAACGCCAAGUUCCUCCGGGCUUAGAUCAAAUUCAUCCAACUGCUUGGAUGCAAAACAAUGGCCAGCAGCUGCCUCCCCCAGGUCGACCUAUGAUCCCUCCUCCCGGGCUUGCCGGGAACCCUCGCAACGGACCAAUCCCGGGAGCAUUCCCUCCCGGAAACUUCCCCAUGGCUGCAUUUCCUCCUGAUGGAAUAGUUGGCCCCCCACGCAACAUGGCACCGCCUCCGGGCUUCUUCGGUGGACCACCACCACCGGGAUUCAUACCUCCAGGACUCCCUGGUUUCCAAGGACCGGAUAACGUAGCAUUCGGUUUCGAUCAUCGCGGUAUGCCUCCUCCCGGUACUUUCCGUCGGAACUAGGAGUUCUCCCCAUCUUACUACUUUGAGGAGUGAGCAUUGCGUCACACCUAGUUCGGAUAUAACCCUUCUGAAGACUACUGCGACAUAUUCUUCAUAUUGUCCUGUGGUGACUGGAUCAAGCAAGGGCGACGGAAUGCUUGUGUGUAUUGGUAGGAACAAGUGAUGAUGAAAAUAAGGGGCGAAAGGGCAAGAGUCUAUGCGAUUCCUUGUUUUUCUCCUUGGAAGCAAAAAGGGAUUAUAACGCUUGUAACUAUUGUAACAAAACCCUCCUUGCUCACCUGUAACGACACCAAAGUCAAAGCCAAUUAGUCUAGAACCAGCCAAGUAGAGGCUUUCUGCCCUGGCGAUAGUCUUAUCGUCGGGGUUUUCAUGUCUCUGCGUCAAAGCAAAAUACAACCAGGUUCACAGAGCAAUACCUAGCUAGCUUGUGCAGUGUCUUGAUAGUAAUGUAGUAAUGAGGAUGAAUUAUGAAA